AGUAUCCGAGAUCUCGAAUUGCAUUCGCCACGAGCGGAAUACUGAAUCAGAUACAGCCCAUAGUGUUUGGAGUGGGUUGAAAAUCAGGAGAGGAAGGACGAUUACGGGGAAAAUGUACAGUUUGUAGCAUAUAAGACACGUUGUGCGUGGUGAAAAGUCCAUCUAGAUCAAGGUUAUUUGUCGAGUCGGUGGAAUGUAACUAGUACGGCGGGACUGAUUGUGUCCGGGGCAGGUGGCAUCAUCGAAUUCUCCUCUUUGAUAUUUGUUUAAGCCCGAUCCUAGACAAGAUGUGCGGGAAUGUGGGGGUCGCUAACAGUAACCUCCUGCAAGUGCAAUGUGUUAUCAGAAACGAACGUACGACAUGAUGAGCACAUGCGACAAAUGUCUUAACGCCAUCCCAGACGUCUCAGCAGACUAUGCUCGAAACAUUGUCAUUACCGAUAUCUUCCCCCAAGUAGCCUCCAUACACCCCCGCAAGCACACAAGCGCGAUGAUGAAAGUUGAAACACAUAAACGCAGGCGUGGUAGAAGAGCAGCUGCCACAUGGAAUGACUCUGACAAAUACAAAGACAAGGACGGAAAGAAAUGGGGUUUGGGGCGCAAGGGGGAAGGAGGAUGGCGUAAAGGGCGCGGGGAAGGAAGAGGAGCUCGGCAUGCACAGACUUUUACCUUGUGGUGUUCCUGGAAUUCAUUGUGUCCGAGUCUAUCAUGCGCCAUCUUGGUGGAGGGGAUGCCCAAAACUGAGAUGACAUCCAAGCCCUUGUAGCAGCGCUACGAGCUCAUGUUGCAUCUACAUUCGAAACUACGCGCAACACAAAAAUCUACCAAAAAGGUACGCGCACUUAUUACGUAAGACGUAACAGACAGACUUGUUUGUCUUCAUUUGUCCCACUAUACUUUGCUCACU